UAGAGCCCCGCCCCUCUCGCGGCCCUGCCUCCUAGGGGCCUUGGCCGGGCCAGUCGCUCCCGCCUGGCUUUCGUCUCUUCCGCUCGGCUGGCGCUGACCGGAGCUGAGGACAUGGCUAAGCAGGUUAUCAGAUGCAAGGCUGCAGUUGCUUGGGAGGCUGGAAAGCCUCUUUCCAUAGAGGAGAUCGAGGUAGCACCUCCAAAGGCUCAUGAAGUUCGAAUUAAGAUCAUUGCCACUGCGGUUUGCCAUACUGAUGCAUAUACCCUGAGUGGAGCUGAUCCUGAGGGGUGUUUUCCAGUGAUCUUGGGACAUGAGGGUGCUGGAAUUGUGGAAAGUGUUGGCAAGGGAGUUACUAAACUUAAGGCAGGUGAUACUGUCAUCCCACUAUAUAUCCCACAAUGUGGGGAAUGCAAAUUUUGUUUAAAUCCAAAAACGAACCUUUGCCAGAAGAUAAGAGUCACUCAGGGGAAAGGAUUAAUGCCAGAUGGUAGUAGCAGAUUUACUUGCAAAGGAAAGACUAUUUUACAUUAUAUGGGAACCAGCACGUUUUCUGAAUACACAGUUGUUGCUGAUAUCUCCGUUGCUAAAAUAGAUCCUUUGGCACCUUUGGAUAAAGUCUGCCUUCUUGGUUGUGGUAUUUCAACUGGUUAUGGUGCUGUUGUAAACACUGCCAAGGUGGAACCUGGUUCUACUUGUGCUGUCUUUGGCCUGGGAGGAGUUGGAUUGGCAGUUAUCAUGGGCUGUAAAAUAGCUGGUGCAUCACGGAUCAUUGGUAUAGACAUCAAUAAAGAUAAAUUUUCAAGGGCCAGAGAAUUUGGAGCCUCCGAUUGUAUUAAUCCCCAGGACUUCUGUAAACCCAUCCAAGACGUACUCAUUGAGAUGACAGAUGGAGGAGUGGACUAUUCCUUUGAGUGUAUUGGUAAUGUGAAGGUCAUGAGAGCAGCACUUGAGGCAUGCCACAAAGGAUGGGGUGUCAGCGUGGUGGUUGGAGUAGCUGCUUCAGGUGAAGAAAUCGCCACUCGUCCAUUCCAACUGGUGACAGGUCGCACAUGGAAAGGCACUGCCUUUGGAGGAUGGAAGAGUGUAGAAAAUGUUCCAAAUUUGGUGUCUGAAUAUAUGUCCAAAAAGAUAAAAGUGGAUGAAUUUGUGACUGGCAGUCUGUCCUUUGACCAAAUUAAUGAGGCCUUUGAACUGCUGCAUUCAGGGAAGAGCAUUCGAACUGUUAUAAAGAUUUAAAUUCAAGAGAAAAAUAUCUCCAUCUGUACCCAAGUUUUGUGAUCUGAUUGAGAGUAGCCUGACAGGCACGGAGAUCCUCCAAGUUGACCGCCUCUGAGACUUGCAGUUACUAAUCCAGGGAAUCCUGUUAUAUGUGUAGUUAUAGUUCACAAGUGUCAGUAAUCAAGGACAUGGCUCCAUACAACCACAAAUCUGUUUUCUAGACCAUACCUUUCAUAUAAGCACCUCAAGCUCAUUACGAGGAAUAUUUGAACAUAAUAAAAGUAAUUUCUGCAUUUGCAUGUUGUCAUCUUUUUUAUGCUGUAUUUAUUCUCAUGGUUUUUCUGCCCAUUUUAUUCAUUCUAUAUAUAAAAGGUGGAAGUUAGGCAGUAUUUUGUUUUUUAAACUUUUCUCCUUUUUUUAAAUAUAUGAAAUAUACAUGAGUAGGAAUGGCAUACAAUUUGUGUUCUCCAAUAUAAAAAUGGAAAGCAUUAAGAUUUUAUAAUACUGUCAUUCCAAUUCUUAUGAUUGGCUCAGUUUACUUUUUGUUUGUCACAGUUAUAUACAUACUCAGUUGACAGUUUCCUUGGCUAAAAAGUAUAAGGAAUACAUUUUCCAAGAUCCUUACUAUAAAGAUGCUUGAAUCAUAGGAUUCAAUUAAAGGUGUAAAAACUUUUUUUAAAAAAAAAGAUCCUUUUAGUACAUGAUUUUUGGUAGAAUCUAGGAUGCUGUGCAUGCUGCUGAAUCAAAUAGUUUUUGGAAUAAAGUACAGAUAAGCACAGUGCUAAAAACUUCCUAUGUGCACAUCAACAAAUCUAUCUUGUAAAUUAGAAUUCUACAAUUUUGAAAAGAUUGUUGGAAAAUUUUUGAAAGUCUUCAAACUGCUUUCUUGGACAAAGAUAAGUAAUUUCAAUACAAAUAGAUACUAACUCCCAUGGUAUUUCAUGAAAGCUAGUAUAACAGGUAUUUUAUAAAUUUAAGGAUGUAAAUUUGUUUAGGAAAUUUUCAUUUGUUUAGCAUUUUUCAAAUCUUCACUACAUUUCCAUUUUUAGCCUAUUGGGCUAUUUUGUUUUCUAUUUAACAUACCUAGGGAUACUUAGUGGAGAAAGACACUUUUUUUAUUACAUGCACAAUAAACUAACAAAGUAGAAUGUAUGGGUUGAUAGGGUCAUUUGGGGUGGAAGUUCAGUGGAACCAGUUAAUGUGUAUACAUGUUGCACAAAACAAAGAUGGCAUCAAAAAAUAUACAUGGGUACGUCCCACUUAUUUCAAUGCAAAAUUAUACUUACCUGGUAACUGACUUUGUGAUAGCCACCCUGACUCCAUCUUGUGCCUCAAUGACAUUUUGUACCUGUUUGAACAAAGUGCUUGUGCUUGAACAAAGCACCCAAAACCCCCAUAUCCUGCUUGGCAGUAAACUUGCUGCAGUUGCAGAUGUUUUGUAGCUCAUCUAGUGUGUGAAACUUCCCUGCCCCCCACUAACCUGGCAUGAUUCUGCUUCUGUAAGAUUCCGCUUGCUCUCCCCUGAGCCCUCCCCAACCGAAAGCAUGAUUUAAAAGGAGAAAUCAAACUGCUCCCCAUUGCUCAGGAAACUUUCUGGGUGCUUGCCCCUCCUCAACUGCCGGCUAUAAUAAAUGGGCUUGAAUCUGA